AUGUCUCAUGAAGCAGACUUGAAUGUCUUGUCAACAAAACCAUCAUCAUAUUAUGACUAUGAGUCUAUGUCUAUAGAAUGGAACGACCAAAAAAAUUACGAAAUUUUACGCAAAAUUGGACGAGGUAAGUACUCAGAGGUGUUUCUAGGUUUGGAUUUGGUCAAGGGACAGAAAGUCGUGAUUAAGGUGCUUAAGCCGGUAAAGCGGAAAAAGAUCAAGAGGGAGAUUUCAAUAUUGAAGAAUUUAAUAGACGGUCCAAAUAUAAUCAAAUUGUUGGAUGUGGUUAGGGAACCGCAGCUGAAAACUCCCGGUUUGAUAUUUGAAAAUGUUAACAACAUUGAUUUCAGAACAUUGUAUCCUACAUUUACCGAUUUCGACAUAAGAUUUUAUAUGUAUGAGUUGUUAAAAGCGCUUAGCUAUUCUCAUUCAAUGGGCAUUAUGCAUAGAGACGUUAAGCCACAUAACGUAAUGAUAGAUCACGACCAGAAGAUUUUGAGAUUGAUUGAUUGGGGACUAGCUGAAUAUUACCACCCUGGUACAGAAUAUAACGUUAGAGUUGCAUCGAGAUAUUUCAAAGGACCAGAAUUGUUAGUUGACUACAGAUUGUAUGAUUACUCCCUAGAUCUAUGGUCAUAUGGUUGUAUGUUGGCUUCAAUGGUUUUCAUGAAGGAACCAUUUUUCCACGGAAAGUCAAACACUGAUCAGUUGGUGCAAAUAGUAAGGGUAUUGGGCUCAAGUAACUUAAACAAGUAUCUUGAAAAGUAUAAUUUAACUUUGGGCGACGAAUACGAAGAUAUGGGGUACUACAAUAGAAGACCGUGGGAAAGAUUUAUCAAUGAAAAUAACCAGCAUUUGGUGUCCAAUGAAUUUUUGGAUUUCAUCGAUAAUUUGUUGAGAUAUGACCACCAAGAGAGAUUGACUGCUAGGGAAGCAAUGGAACAUCCAUAUUUCGCUCCUGUAAGGAACCUAACCGCAAAUUGA